AUGGCGCUCCGGCCGCCGAGGACUUUCAGGCGGCGCCAGGUUGAGCCCAGCGACAGCGAGGGCGACGGCGAGGGCGCGGGCUUGGAGGAGCAGCCCGGCGCGGUGCCGGCGGGGGCAGGCGGCAGAGCAGAGCGAGCGGAGCCGCCGCGCAGGGCCCGUGGCUCCCGGGGCCGAGGUCGGGUGUGGGCGAGUUCCCGCCGCAGCCCGGGAUCUGCUCCCCGCAGCGGCCGCGGCGCAGGUGUCAUCUUAGAAUCUGGAACAGCUGAUCUCUCAACGGAUGAAGAGGAAGAAACACAUCCCUCCUCGGAAAGUAAGGGUGAUCAGAGUCCAGGCUCCGAAAGCUCUAGUUCUCUGGAAGACAAAGAAGUUUCACCCAUAGUUAAGGUCCCUGACUCGGCUUUUAUCCAGGACGCCCGCAGAAAACGCGCGUCGGCCAGGACCCCGGGCGACUACAUUUCACUGGACGUACACCACCCCUCCGGCACUAGUGACAGGAAGAAGACACAUGAGGAGGACACAGAGAGUGACCCCGAUGACUGUGAGAAGAGAAUACUGUUUGCCCCGAAGCCUCAAACACUCAGACAAAGAAUGGCCGAAGAAACAUCAGUCAGAAAUGCAGAAGCGAGCGAAGAAGAAAGUCAGGAAGAUGAAAGUCAGGACAUGUGGGAACAGCAGCAAAUGAGAAAAGCAGUCAAGAUCAUAGAGGGACAAAACAUAGACCUUUCCCACAACAGUGACUCUCAAACACCAAAGAAGUUUGACACUUCCAUUUCAUUCCCACCAGUAAAUCUGGAAAUUAUAAAGAAACAGUUAAAUAAUAGAUUAACAUUACUACAGGAAUCUCAUCGCUCGCACCAGAGAGAAUAUGAAAAAUACGUACAAGACAUCAAGAGUUCAAAGACUGCAAUCCAGAACCUGGAGAACACAUCGGAUCACGCUCUAAACUACAAAUUCUACAAAGGCAUGAAAAUUUACGUGGAAAACAUAGUCGACUGUCUAAAUGAAAAGAUUGCCAGCAUUGAGGAGCUAGAGUCAUCCACAUGCACUUUGCUUUCUAAGCGAUCCGAAGCACUUUUGAAACGGAGACAAGAGGAGUUAAAAUGUGAAUCAUCCUAUUUGCAAAAGCUAUCACGAAACGCUGACGCGUCAGCAAAUGGAAACUUGGCUCUAGAUGAAAAGGAUCAACAGAUUUUAGAAGAGAUGGAGGCUCGAAGGAUGCAGAGAAGACAAGCAAGGGCUCUCUCUGGCAACUGUGACCAUCAGGAGGGGACGUCUAGUGACGAUGAACUGUCUCCUGCCGAGGUGACCAACUUCCAGAAACGCCAAGGUGACAUUUUACAGGAUUGUAAGAAAGUGUUUGAAGAUGUGCAUGAUGAUUUUUGUAACGUCCAGAAUAUUUUAUUGAAAUUUCAGCAGUGGCGAGAAAAGUAUCCCGAUUCCUACUACGAAGCCUUCGUUGGUUUCUGCUUACCAAAGCUUUUAAGUCCCCUGAUUCGAGUUCAGUUGCUUGAUUGGAAUCCUCUGAAGUUGGACUCCAUGGCUCUAAACCGGAUGCCCUGGUUCACAUCCGUAAAAGAGUUUAUGGAUGGUAGCGCGGAAGACACUAGGAAGGAGGAUGGUUCUGACAAAAACAUUUUGUCUGCUGUCAUCAACAAGACAGUUGUGCCUCGCCUCACAGAUUUCGUAGAGUUCAUUUGGGAUCCCCUGUCAGCUUCACAGACGAGAAGUUUAACAGUGCACUGCAGACUGCUGUUUGAACAGGUGGCUUCUGGAAAUGAAGUCAGGAAGAGCAAACAGGAUUUACUUAAAUCUGUUGUUGGAAGAAUUAAGAAGUCAAUAGAAGAUGAUGUUUUUAUUCCUCUAUAUCCAAAGAGUUCUGAAGAAGGAAAAAGGUCACCACAUUCAAAGUUCCAAGAAAGACAGUUCUGGGGAGCUCUAAAGCUCUUCCGCAAUAUUCUUCUUUGGAAUGGGCUUCUCCCGGAUGAUAUCUUGCACGAUCUAGGACUGGGGAAGCUGCUGAAUCGCUAUCUUACUAUUGCUCUUACUGAUGCCAUCCCUGGACCAGAUGCUGUUAAAAAGUGCAGCCAGAUAGCAGAGUGUCUGCCAGAAAAGUGGUUUGAGAGCUCUGCUAUGAGGGCAUCCAUUCCCCAACUGGAAAACUUCGUUCAGGUUUUGUUGCAGUUUGCACAUAAAUUGUCCUCGAGUGAAUUCAGGAAUGAAAUCGAUGAAAUAAUUCUUAUCCUGAUGAAGGUAAAAGCUUUGAAUCAAGCGGAAUCCCUCAGAGAGGAGCAUCACCUGGAGCCCCCCACGCCCCCAGUUUCCGGCAUUUGAGUGCACUGUGGGAGAUGUUGAGUCGUUGAUGAGCACCUGGUACCUCCUCUGCUCACCUGGGUGUCCUGAAAGGCUGUCCUGCCGCUGUGUGACUGAGGGUUAUGUGCACAACAGCGGUUACUCUUUCUCAAUCCGAGAAGGAACUGAAGAAACAGAUACUCAAAAGCUUGUCCACUCAAACCCAUCUUCAGCUCUGGCUGUCUUAAAACUCCCAGUGCUGUUAGAUCAGUUAAUGAGGAAAUCUUGGAGUGAACUGCCUAGUUAUGAAAUGAUUAACACCUUCUUAUAACAGAUUGUCCUUCCAAAAUCUGUACUGGUUGAUUGUAUGAGCUCAGUGAGAGAGUGUGCCAGUAAGUCCAGAUUUGUAAUUGUUAAUUUAUUAAGGAAAAAACUUCUU